AUGGGAGUCGAUUUGUUGCCCGGUGGGAAGAGGCUGAUCAUUGGAGAUAUCAAUGAUGCCAGUGGCUUGAUCGAGGAGUGGAACCGGACGGCUCCGAAGGAGAAGAGGGUGAAGAACUUCCACUUGAUCACCGAGGUGAACGGUGUGGGCGGCGACGCGCAAGAGAUGCUCCGCGAGUGCCAGAGCGACCAGGUCUUAGAGCUCCAGUUGAUCAAGGUCCGCGACCCAUGGAGCCACAAGGACUUCGUCUUAGCCAAGGUCUCAGAGGACGGCAUUUGGCUGGAGCACGCCUCAGCCGCGCUCCGCAACGACCGCGACGUGGUGCUGGCGGCUGUGCUCUCGGUGGACCCCUUCGAUGCGGUGGCCAAGGCCUCGGUGGAGCUGCUGCAGGAGGCCGACUUCGUGUUGGAACUGGUGAAAGAAACCAAGGCACCAUGGCUUCUGAAGCUUCCAGAACUGAAACACUUCGCUCAGAACAAGUCCUUCCGGGCACAAUGUGACGAAGUGGCGGGCACGGGCCUCGUUUUCACGUGGUAUCAGAGCUCCACGUGCUUCUGGGACAUGAGGAAGCACUUCAGUGCCAUCACCGGUUCCGUUCCAGGCGGCAAGGCCUCUGAGGCCGUCGUGGAGGAGUUAAGCGCCAUCGAAGGAGGUCUUUCCACCGUUUGCUUCGGCGACCGUCCCGUCUUUGGCGCCUAUGCGGACGACGGCCGCUGGGAGCAUCCGCUGGGAGCCCCCUGCGGCCGGGACGAGGCACCAGUACCAGAGGAGCGGACGGGCAUGUGGAGCGCUCCUCUUGCCGGGCGCCGGGGCGAAGUGGUGCCGGAAGUGGGCUCGCGACAUCCCUGCUGGUGCUGCCGGUGGUUGGCAGAGGUUCGGGAGAAACACGUGCAGGGUGCGACCAUUUGCUGCGCAAUCUCCAAUAUCUAUGCCUCAGAGUGGGUGAGCCACUACGGCGCGGGAUCCUCGGAGCUCAGUGAUGCUGAGGCGGAGCGCUUGAAGCUACCGCGGGAAGUCUUCAAGAAUGGCCGGCCACGCAGCUGGGGCGAAGGGAUCUUCCAGAUUUGCGGUGAAAACUAUCACCGUGCUGCACCCUUGGACCCGCGGAGCGGGAAGCCCUUGGGGCACAACUGUCGCUGGGAGCGGAAAGCGCUGGAUCAAUUGGGAUUUCCCGUGUUCGCCUUCUUUAUGCCCUGA